CCCUCCAAAAAUUCUCCCUAAAAUCCCUACAUUCAUUCAACAUCCCUUCCUCCCAAAGAAACCUCUUCAAAACCUCUCCCUCUUCUUCCCCCUUCCCCUCCGAUUUCUCCUAUUUGAGCCGCCGGAGCUUCACCUCCGUCCAUUAUGGAGGACUGCCUCAGGGAGUCCAUGCGUAAAUUAGCCGUCUGGUUCACCAAAACCUUCAAGCCAAUCAUGACUCACGACGAGCUCGAACCUAUCAUGGCUACUCUAGGCUUUAUCGCCCUAGAACCCGCCGUCAACGGCGCCGGAAUCUCCUGGAAAUCCUAUAAAUACACCGCCGCUGAUUGCCGCACCACGUCGGUUUCUCCUUCCCCGCCAACGCCGCGACUGCCGUAUCCGAGAAUCGACGGUCUUCACAUUUAUACUUACAGAGCAUUUCUCGAUGCCGUCAAUUUUUAUCUCGAGAAAUUUGAUAUCUCCGAUCUCUUCCAUAUUAGAGGUUUGCCAUUGUAUCGAAACCAUGAUCGAAAUAGGAAGUGGCGUCGAAUGGAUGAAGAAGGCGGUAAUUUUGUUUACAGAGAAGGAACUUUAGACCAAACAACCCUCAAUCUAUAUAAUUUGCAUAAGAUGAAUAGCCAGAAAAAUAAGAGAUACAAAAAGUACAAUAGUAUUACCAAAGAUGAAGAAAACAACAACGACCGCGGUAAAAUGAUUGAUGACAGUACUGAUGAAGAUUCCAUUUGCAUUGUUAGUUUGAAAGAUGUAAUUACGUAGAAGGGCGAUGGAACAAUUUUGGUAUGUUUUCCCUUUGGCUAAUCCCAAAUAUGUAUUCUUUAAUUAUUUCAUGUCUUGUGAGAGAUUAUUAGAGUUUGAAGUCAUACACAUUUUGAACAAAUUUUGCAAAGCUUGGAAAAGAGAGAGUAGUGUGACUGUGAAUGAAUUUUGAUGUGGAUAGUUUGCCCUUCCUUUGUUUACAAUAAUAGUAUGCAUCUUUUGUAAGCCC